AACCGCCCCCUCGGGCUUCCUCCGCCUCUCGGCUGCCUCCUUCUCCCGCCUUUCGCUCUAAGUCCUUCCGGUGCCAGAGCCCGCUGGCCACGAGCCACGCCUGGAGGCGGCUGGUCUAGGAGGGACGCUCCAGGCCCCGCCUCAACCUCAGACUCUCCUUGGGGCCUCGCAGUGCCUUUCCCAGCGGCCCUUUCGCCAACGUCCUCGAGGACUUCCGGAGCGAGGUGACGUCGGAGCGUCCCUUCCUUCGAGAUAGUUAACUGAAAGGAAUCUGCCCCACUGCUGCAGCCAACCCAGAUGCCUUCUUCCACUUCACCAGACCAAGGAGAUGACCUGGAGGCCUGUGUUUUAAGAUUUUCAGACCUGGAUUUAAAAGACACAAGUCUUGUGAAUCCCAGUAACAGUCUCAAAGCAGAGUUAGAUGGCAAUACAAAGAAGAAAUACUCAUUUGCCAAGAAAAAGGCGUUUGCCCUUUUUGUCAAAACCAAAGAAGUUCCAGCACCUCCUUUUGAAUGUAAAGAAAAAUGGUGGAAAUGCUGUCACCAGCUAUUUAUGGACCAGAUCAGCAUCCAUAGACAUGUGGCAACACAACAUGCUGAUGAGAUUUGCCACCAGACUGCUGCUGUUUUAAAGCAGCUGGCUGUGACAUUGAGCACCUCAAAGAGUCUUAAAUCUGCAGACAAAAGGAGCCCUCUAAAAGAGUACCUUACUCGUAACUGUGAAGUGUCUGCUUGGCUCCCUGAUAUAAGCUGUUGUAGCCCUGAUGAGCUGAUAAGUGGCCAGGGCAGUGAGGAAGGAGAGGUGCUGCUUUAUUACUGCUACUGUGACCUGGAGGAUCCCCAUUGGAUCUGUGCCUGGCAGACAGCUCUGUGUCAGCACCUGCACCUCACGGGCAAGGUUCGAAUUGCUACAGAAGGUAUCAAUGGGACAGUUGGGGGAAGCAAAUUGGCCACCAGACUCUACGUGGAAGUCAUGCUUUCCUGCCCAUGGUUUAAGGAUUAUCUGUGUAAGGAUGAUUUUAAGACCAGCAAAGGAGGAGCUUGCUGUUUUCCAGAACUGCGUGUUGGUGUAUUUGAAGAAAUUGUGCCCAUGGGGAUCAGUCCCAAUAAGAUCUCCUACAAGAAGCCUGGAAUCCAUUUAUCCCCAGGUGAAUUUCAUAAAGAAGUAGAAAAAUUUUUGUCUCAGGCAAAUAAAGAACAAAGUGAUACUAUCCUACUCGACUGCAGAAACUUCUAUGAAAGCAAAAUAGGACGAUUCCAGGGCUGCUUAGCCCCAGACAUCAGGAAAUUCAGUUACUUUCCUAGCUACGUUGACAAAAACCUAGAACUUUUCAGAGAGAAGAAGGUGCUGAUGUACUGCACUGGGGGCAUCCGUUGUGAGCGGGGUUCAGCCUACCUCAAAGCCAAGGGCGUGUGCAAGGAAGUGUUCCAGCUCAAGGGUGGCAUCCACAAGUACCUGGAAGAGUUUCCUGAUGGUUUUUACAAAGGGAAGUUGUUUGUUUUUGAUGAACGUUAUGCCUUGUCCUACAACAGCGACAUUGUAUCAGAAUGUUCAUACUGUGGAGCCCCAUGGGACCAGUAUAAACUCUGCUCGACUCCCCAGUGCCGCCAGCUCGUCUUGAUUUGCCCCGCCUGCCAAGGACAAGGAUUCACAGCCUGUUGUGUCACGUGUCAAGACAAAGGAAGCAGGCUGGCUUCAAGCCCUACCCAGAACAGCUUUAAAGAGGAAUGUGAGUGUACAGCCCGACGGCCACGUAUACCCAGCGAACUUGCACAGCAGGUGCAACUCCCUGUGAGCCAAGAGCCAAAGCCUGAUAUUGGUGAGAGUGGGCUGUGCUUAUGUGAGCAGCACCGUCAGCGUUUCCCCAGGCCUUCACAAAGCUAGGUCUGGGGUGACCGUCUUCUGGAGAAUAUCAAGGCUGCGGCAACAGAGAAACAGGGAACUUGAGUGCUGGCCAGUGCCACCAUGGCAAACUGGUCACCAUACUGGCCACGUGUACUUCACAGGGGGAGGGAAGGGGGAGUGGAGUGUUGACCACUAGCCUGAGACAUUAUGACUCAGAAGAUGCGAGAGCACAGACAAAGGUGAGCUGUGUGGGAUCCCAAAGCUGCGGAGGGAUAGAGCCUUAAGCCUGGUGAGCAGGUCAUUCAUGCCCUUUCUGUGCCAUGCCGCAGGGCUGGUAGUAGCCUGUCCAUCUUGAUGACAGAAGGGUGAAAACUAUGGCCCUGGAGGUGGACUCCCCAGACCAGGCCACUUAAGUCAUCUGCCAUCCACUCCUUCCGUUCUCUCUUCUCUGCCAGCCUGAGAGCACAGAUCAGAAUGUGCAAACUAAGGCAUUUGGCUCACUUCCUGCUUUUGUAAAUAAAGUUUUAUUGGAAUAGCCACACCCUUUCAUUUACAUAUGAUCUGUGGUAGAAUUAAGUAGUUACAACAGAGAACUUAUGGCCUGCAAAGCCUAAAAUAUUUACUAUAUGCCCCUUUACAGAAAAAAUUUACCAUGCUCUGGUCUAGACCAAAAGCUCAUCUGAUGGAGCAGAUGGUCUUAAAGAUGUGGCCCACCUUCAUUUUUUAUUGAUAUGGUUUCUGUGAGAGAUUUUCCCCUAAUAGUCUUGCUUCCCUCAACACCCACACUCUUAGCUUUAAAGUACGGUCACGUGUUGCAUAACCGACACUUUAGUCAGUGAUGGACCUUGUACAUAACAGUGGUCCCAUAAGAUUAGUACCGGAUGGCCUAGGUGUGUAAUAGGCUUUACCAUCUAGGUGUGUAUAGGUAAGUACAUUCUGUGAUGUUUGUACAAUGACGACUGUCUGACGAUGCAUUUCUCAGAACGUAUCCUGGUCCUCAAGCGACACAUGACUGUUCUCCUUGAUUGAAAUUAGCUUGAGGACACUGACAUUUGGGAGUAGUUUUUAGAUGAACACCUCAGAAUACAAGACACAUUCCGAGUGAGGUCACUCAGCACUGCUGAGGUGGUUUCCCAGCCUUCUGGCCAACAUGUCAGAUGCAUGACCGUGUCACACAGGUCCCAAGAAACACAUACACAGCCGUUCACAGACCAACAGAUUUAAUAUUAUAUUGCAGUUUCCAGUGAUGCAGAAUACAGCUGCAGUUGUGUUUCAAGGAGAAGCUGCGUGGGGAUGGCCGUCCCUGCAGCA